AUGGGUCUGGAAGCUACCGCUCACAUUCUGUGCAAGCAAUUCAAUAUCGACAAUUCAAAGGACCUGAGCAGAGAGUACCUUGUCGGUUUCACACAAGAAGAUUUGGAAGACAACGAGAAGCCGACCUUUCCGUCGUCAUUAUUCUCUCCUUCCUCGGACAAUAUUUCGUCGUCAUCCACUUUUUCGGGCCAGAAGGCUUCAUCUUCUGUACCAGACAUGGAUCUUGCAGCGCUAAAAAUUCCAAUGGCGAAUGUCAUCUCUGCAAGACAAGUCGAACUGGUCAGCGGAAUUCGGUGGAAAGCGAGGAAGAGGGAGAGGCGCUUGCGAGCCCCUGAGAAAGCAGAUUUCCGACAAGCUCGCAUGGAUCUCGUCAAGACCAGCCUUCACCUCUCACAGGGCAUCGAAGAGAUUGGCCAGGCACAAAUGAUUCGGCGCCAGGUUCGCGGUCCAUUGCGUAAGUUUGAGAACGCACCUCCGGCACAAAAGGACAACCACUGCGUUGACACACAGACUUCAAGGGCAUGGGCCGCCAUGGCUGCUGAUGAGCAUAAACGUAUCAAGGACAAUACCUCGGCGCUCGCGACUGUCGAUGGCAAGUCUGUCAAGGUUUAUGGAGCAGUGGAAUGUGUGAACCCUUCCUGUGACUCAUUCAAGGCUGGAUACAGCAAGCGAGCGCGCGACUCAAACGCCAGUGUCAGCAUUGCAUUAUCGAGAUUCUGCCAACUAUCGAAAAACCUUGCGACCCCAGGUCGCCAAAUCACCACCAACCAGCUCGAGUUCUGGUCCCACUCUCGUUCCGAUGACUUCCAUAGGAAGCUCAAGCGGACCGCAGCUUGCUCCGAUUAA